AUGCCCUGGCCUGUUCCCUCGGAUACGCGGUCGAUUUUGAACAGAGUUGAUAACAGUGACACAAAGCAUCUCAACCGAAUGAUGAUUGUGGAUGCUAAUUACCGUGCCUCGCAAUUGUUCCGCGCAGCUGGCUAUGAUGUGCUUGAUAUCGGCUUCUACAUGCGAAAUCACGCACUCUACGCAUAUCGCGUGAAAGACGGUGUUCAUUGGGACUGUAUAGGAACGCGUAUUAUGACACAGCUGGUCAUUGGACAUUUAGCACGUUCGUGGAAUAUUCCUCUUCCUGCUAGGAUUAAGGAUAAGCUCACCAAAUUCGUGAGUGAUGCGUUCACAUUCGAUAUUGACAAGAGUUGGGCAGCCUACACAUUGAUGGGUUUUGAUAUGUCAACAAUUUCUAAGCACAGUUCUGAAAAUGUGUCCUUUCCUGAGGCUAUACAGAGAAGAAUCCGAGCUGGUGUUCUUCAACAUAUCAAGGAAGUGAAGCCGGAGUUUUAUGAAGCGUUGCGACGUGAUAUCUGCACCAUGCGAGUAUUCACACUACUUGAAGAUAAUCCGGAGAUAGAAAAGCACUUGAAGUUGGAAGACAACUGGAAGCUCGAAGAGAUGGUGUCUGCCUUUCCAAAUGUCGCAGAGUUCAUAGGAGAGCCAGAACCUCAAGAGGUAACGGUGAUGCUAGACGAGGAAGCUGUAGAUAAAAUGAGGAGUCGCAAACGCAAACAUUCACCAGACCGCCUGUAA